UUCGCCCGCUUCCGGUCGUCGUCGUCGUCGUCGUCGCCGCUGCUGCAGCUGCUGCUGCUGCUGCUACUGCUGCUGCUGAGGCUGCUGGCGGAGGCCGGAGGAACGGGCGGCGGCGGCGGCGGCGGCGGCUGAGAGGGCGGCGGCGGGAGCGGAGCGGGACGAGGGAGCGAGAGGAAGCGAGCGAGGAGCGAGCGGAGCGCGCCGAGCCCCGCCCGCCCUUCCGCCCGCCGGAGCAGCAGGAGCAGCCCGGGCCCCCAGCCGCCGCCGCCGCCCGCCCGCCUGCCCGCCUGCCCGCCCGCCGGACAAAGCCCGAGAGCCCGCGCCCAGAGCCAUGUCCUCGUCCGCCGGCAGCGGCCACCAGCCCAGCCAGAGCCGCGCCAUCCCCACCCGCACCGUGCCCAUCAGCGACGCCGCGCAGCUACCUCAUGACUAUUGCACCACGCCCGGGGGGACGCUCUUUUCCACCACGCCGGGAGGAACUCGAAUCAUUUAUGAUCGAAAGUUUCUGUUGGAUCGUCGCAACUCUCCCAUGGCUCAGACCCCGCCCUGCCAUCUGCCCAAUAUCCCAGGAGUCACCAGCCCCAGCACCUUAAUUGAAGACUCCAAAAUAGAAGUAAACAAUUUGAACAACUUGAACAAUCAUGACAGGAAGCAUGCAGUUGGAGAUGAUGCUCAGUUUGAGAUGGACAUCUGACUGUCCUGCGAGGAUCAGAAGAAAAGCAGCAACACUGAUACACGGCAGCAUGAGUGUCCUCACAGCAUGGCAGCUGGCUCCCCCUGAGCAAGUGAUCCCAGAGAAAGAGGGCAAGGAGGAAUCUGCAGUGCCUUUUAUGACAGUCUCCGAAAGCACACGUCAUCACGCCUUCGUAUUCCGUUCCUUAGAAGCAAGCCACUAAGCCAGCCUACGCUCAAGGGGAGGGGAGUUACACCCCACCUACUGCAUGGAGCGGUAUCAAAGAAUUUUGGGUAUACUUUAAAACCACCUCACCCCCAAUAGAGGAUGAAACCAGGUCAACAAGAGGGGGUAGGUUUAAAGUAGAUGAUAUACUGAGAGAGGUGUCGUUACUGAAAACAGUUCUCUUAAGACGUGCAUCGACAAACAGAUGAAAAACGGAUUCUCUCCCCAUGGCUACUGCCAGUUUUAAGAGGGGAGGCAAGAAAUGGCAAUUCCCAGGAGAAUGUAUCUAUACAUUUGCCUGGUGUAUACUACCAGCAGCCCAAGGUUGCUUCUUUGUAAGUCCUUGGCUUGGUAUCUAAGACUCAAUACUGCUUGCUCGCUCUCUCCUUUAGCCAGGAAUUGACAAAGGGAAUUGGAUCCUUCUAGUUGAGCCACUCAAAUGGACUUAAUUGGAGUCAGGGUUGUUAAGCAAAGGGAGCAAACUUGAAUUACAUUUUGGGUUACGGGGCUGAGGAAAGCUAACCGUUCCGAUUCAGGGUGACAUAGCUGAGAGCAUCCAGAAGCCAGGUCCCCACCAGAGUCGAUGCUUGGCACCUGCUCUCACAAACCACACCAGCUGAAGCAAACUUGGGCCAGGUCUCUCACUCAAGAAGCCACUUCUCAAUAAGUAGGGAACAUCUGGGAAUUUAAAAUGUCUGUCUGUGCUUUAUUGUUCUUUAAAUCCACUGCAGGUUAACUGCGUGCCCACCUCAUCCUGGGCUUCCUGAUGGAAACGGGUUCUUAAAGAGAACCAAUGCUGUCUUCACCCUGAAGAAAAACUUAGAUGAAGCUUGUCAGUUCAACACGUGUUUAGUGAAUGUCUGCUAUGUGUUUCUGGCACCCGUGCCAAGUUUUUAGAGAUUUCAGACAUCUUAAGGAUGCAAAUUCUUGUUUGGAUUUAUGCUCCAACUCUUCCCAGCAUUUUCUUAUCUAUAGACCUGCUUGCUUUAGAGUAUACUUGAAUAAAAAAGCAUUGCUGCGGAGGCAGCUAUAAAAAAAAAAAAAGGUACUUCUUCCAGAAUUAAGGAACUCAUCUUUAAAGCACCUUCAAAUGAAUUUUUUUCCAUCUGAUUUUGAGGUGGAGUCAAAAUAGGUGGUCUUUUAUUUUUGCUGUUUGGGUUACCAGCUCUUUGGGUCUGUCAGACCUUAGGCGUAUCACAUAUCUUGGCUGCUUGAAGCCUGGGCCCGCAGCCCUUUACAUUCCCCUCCAGACGGGAGGCCCAGUGCUUUUCUCUCUGGGUCAAAACUUUCCCUUAUCAUGUUUCUGGACUACAUGAUAAGGGGAGCUAUUUAUUAAUCUGCGAAACCCAAUCUCUUACCUGCCCAUGACAUCUAGGAGGGGGUAGUAUUUGUUUUAAAGAAGCGUUGUUUCCUUGGGAGGGCAAUUUCUGUCUGGACUUUGAAGGGGGCAUAGUUACCACACAUAACUAUCCCCACCACCACCACGUUCUUUACCUCUGUCCCAGCUUUUAAUAAAAGAUGACAUCA